AAACACUUCCUUAUCUAGACAUAAGUGAAAGUAAAACUCAGCAGCUCCAUUUUGUGUGACGAAAAACAAAAUAAAAUCAUUUCCAGACAGAAGAACACGAGUGAAGUAAACGCAUGUCCUGCUGGAACCCGGAGGAAGAGACAUGAACUCCGACAUGAGUGUGUCCGGAGAACAGGACGAGAGAAUGAUGAAGAGAAAGAGAUCAGACUCACCAGAACCCAGCCUUGUGUCUAUGAAGACUGACCACUCAAGGGAAUGUCCGGUGGGCUUCAGUGGUGUAAAAUGUUCUACUGAGCAGAGCAGAAGAUCAGACUCACCAGAACCCAGCCUUGUGUCUAUGAAGACUGACCACUCAAGGGAAUGUCCGGUGGGCUUCAGGGGUGUAAAAUGUUCUACUGAGCAGAGAUCAGAAGUAAAAAAAUUAAAGAAAAAUCAGGUGGAGUCCAUAUUAAAGGAGGUAGAAGACAAAGUCAUCACUCUGAUAAAGAAUGAGCUCAAGAGGUUUAAGGAGCUCCUGAGUCCAGAUGACCCAGCAUGCACUGGGAGAGAGGUGGAGGAUAAGGAGGAUCUUCAUGUUAAAGAGGGAGUGCUGAAGAUCACACUGCACGUCCUGAAGAGCAUGAAGCACACUGAUCUCGCUAACACACUGCAGAACAAGCUGGACCCGAUUUCAGAAAUUCAGCAAACACUCAAAUCUAACCUGGGAGAUAAAAGUAAAAGAAUUAAUGAGGGAAUCUCACAGCAUGGACGUGUAACACUUCUAAAUGAGAUCUACACAGAGCUCUACAUCAUAGAGGGUCGGAGUGGGGAUGUUUGUGAUGAACAUGAGGUGAGACAGAUCGACACAGCCUCCAGGAGGCCAGAAACACAGGAGAAACCCAUCAAAUGUAAUGAUCUUUUUAAAGACAAGUCCAUCAAACGUGUGCUAACUCAAGGAGUUGCCGGAAUUGGAAAAACAGUCUCUGUACAGAAGUUCAUUCUGGACUGGGCGGAAGGAAGAGUAAAUCAGGACAUCAACUUUAUUUUUCCACUUCCCUUUAGAGAGCUAAAUCUGGUGAAGGAGAAACGUCUCAGUCUGAUGGAUCUUCUUCAACAUUUUUUCUUUCAAAUGAAGAAAAUAGGAUUAUUAAAUUGGGAGGCCUACAAAGUCCUCUUUAUCUUUGAUGGUCUGGAUGAGUGCCGUCUUCCUCUAAAUUUCCAGGACAAUGAGAGAGUGUGUGAUGUUACCAAGUCAGCUUCAAUAGAUGUGCUGCUGACAAACCUCAUCAAGGGGAACCUGCUUCCCUCUGCUUUCGUCUGGAUCACCUCCCGUCCUGGAGCAGCCCAUCAGAUCCCACUUGAAUUUGUAGACCAGCUAACAGAGAUACGAGGGUUCAGUGAGCCUCAGAAAGAGGAGUACUUCAAAAAGAAGAUCAAUGAUGAGAGCUUGGCCAAUAAAAUCAUCUCACACAUGAAGUCUUCAAGAAGCCUCUACAUCAUGUGCCACAUCCCAGUAUUUUGCUGGAUCUCAGCCACUGUUUUAGAGAGAAUGUUGGGUGGAUCAGAAAGUGGAGAGAUCCCCAAGACUCUGACUCAAAUGUUCACACACUUCCUGAUCUUUCAAAUUAAUCACAGAAACCAAAAGUACCAUCAGAAAAGUGACCCUGAUGCUCAGCGGAGCAAAGAUUAUAUCAUGGCUCUGGGAAAACUGGCUUUUCAACAGCUGGAAAAAGGAAACCUGAUCUUCUAUGAGGAAGACCUGAGAGAGUGUGGCAUUGAUGUCAGAGAAGUGACAGUGUACUCAGGAAUGUGUACGCAGAUCUUCAGAGAGGAGUCUGGGCUUCACCUGGGGAAGGUGUUCAGCUUUGUACAUCUGAGUGUUCAGGAGUUUCUGGCUGCUUUAUACGCAUUUCUCUCCUUCAUCAGCAGAAAUGUAACAGAACAACAAACCUCUGAUCUUUUCAGCAAAUCCAACAUGUCUGAGUUCCUGAAGUGUGCAGUGGACAAGGCCUUACAGAGUGAGAAUGGACACCUGGACCUGUUCCUCCGCUUCCUCCUGGGUCUUUCACUGGAGUCCAAUCAGACUAUUUUACGAGGCUUAAUGCCAGUGACAGGAAGCAGCUCUCACAGCAAACAGGAAACUGUCAAUGAAUACAUAAAGGAGAAGAUCAGGGAGAAUCCCUCUCUAGAGCAAUCCAUCAAUCUGUUCCACUGUUUAAAUGAACUGAACGAUCAGUCUCUGGUGCAGGAAGUACAAACUUUUGUGAACAGCAAGGGUAACAGUCGUCUCAGUGGAACCAGACUCUCUCCUGCUCAGUGGUCAGCUCUGGUGUUUGUGUUACUGAACUCAGAACAGGAGCUGAAUGAAUUUCAUUUGAAGAAAUAUGAGCCAUCAGAGGAAGGCCUGCUGAGGCUGUUGCCAGUGGUUAAGGCAUCCAAAAAAGCUCUCCUACGUCAGUGUAACCUGACAGAUGAAGGCUGUAGAGUUCUUGCCUCCAUGAUCAGCUUAAGCUCCUCAAAUGUGAGAGAACUAAACGUGAGUUACAACAGCCUGAAGGAUUCAGGAGUGAAGCUGCUCUCUGAUGGACUGCGGAAUCCUGAGUGUCAACUGGAGAUGCUCUUGCUGUGUGGCUGUGAUGUUACAGCUGAAGGUUGUGCUGCCCUAGCUUCAGCUCUAAAGGCAAACCCCUCAUCUAAACUGAAUGAAUUAUAUCUCUUUGGUAAUAAGACAGAAGAACCAGGAGUGAAGCUGCUGAAAGAUCUACAGAAAGAUCCAGAAUGUAGCUUGAAGAAAUUACACAUUGAGAUAUAUGAACCCCCCCAGGAAUGACACAUGAUGGCAGUCUCAUCAUAAACCCUUUCAUUCCAGAGAAAAAUAAGUUUUGAAGAACUGAUUUUUUCAGUUCUCUGGUACUGAUUUUGGAGAACACACAGCACAUAAUGUUAUUUUAAUGAUUACAGAAAUACUGUCUCAUGUUUUGUAUCUAUUUAAGCUUCCUAUUCUGAUGUAAUUAUUUUUAAGGCAGUGAUGCUCCUCAAUAUGGCAUCACUCUGUUUAUUACAAUGUGACUAUCACUCAUUGUGUUCACACUGACUUUGCUUCACAGUGUUUGUCACAUCUAUGGUAUUGUUUUUGACAGUAAUAUAUGUUUUUGAUAGUUAGUGUGGUUAUUUAAGCACUUGAGUUCCUGAGGGUUUUUUUUGUCACGUAUCUGUUUUUUUGUUUAUUUAAAAAAAAUUUUUUUAUUGCUUUGUUCUGUUUCAAAUCCUUAUCGUGUUCCUGUAGUUAGUGAUGUGAGGUGACCCCUGGUUGAAGCACUUUUCAGGUAUUUGUGUUGUAAAUGUGUCAAGUGAACCCUUGACACACCCUUGAACCCUUGGGACACCUCUCAGUCAAUAAACAAAAAAAGACCAAGUGUCACUAUUUGUCAUGGAUUAACAGUACUGUACAGUGCCA